AUGCAAGCAGGAGUUUACCCCCAGAGCUUCGACAUGUGGAGGGACUACAUGGGCCUGAGCAGCGUCCUGUUGGGCCAUCGGUGUCCGGAGGGGCCCAGAAACCCAGAGGAGCGCAGCGAGGGGCCAGUCCAGCAGAUCCUAUCCCUCCAUGCUUCUCUCUCUUGGAUGAAAUCCAAAAACUUUCCAGAGAUCAGAUCGACCAGCAACAGCCUGUCAGACUCCAGCUGCAGCGGCGGGACCUCGGCGGACUUAUGUCACUUCUGCAGGCAUAACGGGGAGUCUCCACUCGUGUACCGGUCCCACGCACUCAAAUCUGACGGUGGGAAGGUGACCUGCCCCAUCUUACGGAGAUACACCUGCCCUAUCUGCGGGGCCAGCGGGGAUCACGCACACACACGCAAGUACUGUCCAGAAAGGAAGAGGAGGGAGGCGGUGAGGGAGCUCCCUGAGCUCAAGUUCUGGUAA